AUAUCGUGCAAACAGCUGACUUGAGUCGGAUUUAUACAAAGCGGAGCUGCGAGAAAACUUAGAAACGGAAACGGGUUUCAUUGCUGGUAUAGAAACUUUGGAGGCGCUGAGCAGCAGAGUAUAGUAUAGUAGAGUGUGGCAUUGCAGUGGCAAGCAGCACCAGAAACAGUCCCAGCUCAGUUCAAUCCAGCGCAUCAUUGUAAUUGAAAAGUAUCAAGCCCGUGAUUGUGAGCGAGUGCGGGGGUGCAAUAUCGUGGGAAACAGACGCGUAAUCAAACGUAAAUGAUGUCCAUGAGCAAUCUAUCAAUAGACGGGGAAUUCCGUUACAUUAUUCAAUGGUUUCACGAGUGGAGCGAACUGCAGCGCGACGACUUUGUGUAUGUGUUUGUGGAGUACCUAACCAGAGGCUCCAGUGUACAUGUGAAUGGCAUUGUAAACGCCCUGGCAACCGCAGGCGUGCAGGACAAGCCCAUGAGCUUGUUCCAGUGUCGUAUUAAGCUGUUUCGUGAAUGGAGCCCCAAGUGGCCGAUCGAGUUCAAAUGCCAGCUGCAGGAAAAGAUCAACGAAAUCGACUCGAAAGUGGGGGAAAAGAUCAUCAAUGAGCUAAAGGGGCACCAUGGCGGCGUGCACAAUGGUGACGUAGCCGUUCAUUUAAAUGAAAAUGGAGCAGCAACGGGCGAAGACAUCGAACUGGAGCAGCCUGCUGCAGUCGCAGCUGCUGUGCCACCUCCAGCAGCGGCUCCAGCAGCAGAUGCGGAGUCUCUCGAGGCUCCGGCCCCCAACCAGGCGGUGCAGGCAGAAGCAGAUAAUGAUAACCAUUUAGCAGCGGUAUUGCGUCAAGAAACGCCAGUUGAUGACGACGACGAGGACGACAAUGAGCAGCGUGCGUCUGCUGGCGACGAUUGCAAUGCUGAUGUAAAUGGCCAUUAUUUAUCGGCUACGGUGACAACAACUGCGGUGAAUACAUCGCCCUCGACAUCUCCAUCGCCAUCGCCCCAGCCCCAACCCCAGCCCCAACUCCAGCCGAGCGUCGAACCUGUAGAACAGGUCGAGAAUAACGUUACAGUCUCGGUAGCCUCUCCCGAGGUGAUACCCCCGGUGGCAUAGAUGCACAGAGUGCUUUCUUGUUCCCGAGACAAACCAGAACAAAUAAUGCGAAGGCCUAAUGAGUAGUUAAGUAUUUUUAGUCGUAUGACAUUCCAUUCUACAACAUGCAUUUCUAGUUAUGUAAGUUCUGCCGUUCGCGAAUUCUAUGAGAUAAGCAAAACUAAUCCGAACAUCUACUGUUCUAAAGCACAAGCUAACCAACGACUUUGGGGUCACAUAAUCCUGCUCACAUUCCAUUUCUAAUUUUGUGCGUAUUUUUUUCAUCAACUAUCCUAAGCGCAUCCAUCAACUGUAAACUAAACACAUACAGAUCAAAUACACGAGAAGAGCUCAUUUGAGAAGCUCCCCCCAA